UACAUUAACGUGGCGCGGCACUCCUUGUAAAGUACCUAGUACCUUGAAUGAACACUUAGAAAGGGUGUAAUCGUAAAGGUGCUGUACCAAAAGGUAAUUGUCCGCUUAGAAUACUUUUUCUCAUUAAUGGUUAACUCCAAAAAUAAAUUAUUUAUGUCCAUGCCUCUUCAUUGCCUUUCGUUAAGGCCUGUCGUCACAUUGGGCCUUAAGUCUAACAUAAGGACACCUCAAUAUCAAAUUGCCCGAGUGUUGCAGACUGCCGCAUUCGAUACCGCCUUACUCAAUUAUAGUACUAAACCUCACAACAUUCCUCUUAAAUCCUUUCCAAGACUUCAAUUACUAUCCCAUAACUCCAAUUCAAGACUUAGACCAAUGGCAGCUCUCACAAGUACUCAAACGCGCUCACACGCCGGUCACUCUCAUCAUCAUCACCAUCAUGAUAAUACAUACCUUACCUCAACGAAUAAGAACGAUGCGGGUGUGCGAAUUACUCGCAUUGGACUUUACUCGAACUUGGGCAUGGCGUUAGCCAAGGGGGUAGGGGGAUACAUGUUCAAUUCUCAAGCUAUGUUGGCAGAUGCAUGGCAUAGUGUCACUGACCUUGCUAGUGAUGUCCUCACAUUGGCGACAGUGUCCUGGAGUCUCAAGCCUCCGACGGAACUCUUUCCAACAGGCUUUGGAAAGGUCGAGAGCUUAGGGUCCUUGGGAGUCAGUGGCAUGCUUCUUUUCGGAGGGAUGUUCAUGUGCUUGAAUAGUUCAGAGAUACUAUAUGCGCAUUUCUUUUUGGAUGCUCAUGCGGCCGCGGAAGCAGCCGCACAUGCACAUGGCCACAGUCAUAGCCACGGGCCAUUACUCCCCAGCUUACAUGCUGCUUGGUUAGCUGCGGGUACAAUCAUUAUCAAAGAAUAUUUAUAUCAAGCAAGUAAGUUGCCAUUGGCACAUCGUUCAUUGACUAUCAUAUACUGACGUGACUCUCACAGCGAUGAAAGUCGCACGAGAUAGGAAGAGCACGGUUCUAGCAAGUAAUGCGGUCCAUCACAGAGUCGACUCCCUAACUGGUAUCGUUACCCUUUUCGCGAUUCUUGGUGCGAAUUUUCUACACUCGGCAGCUUGGUUAGAUCCUGUUGGAGGAUUUCUCAUAUCACUACUUGUUAUCAAGGCUGGAUGGGGCAAUACUAUAUCAGCGCUAUACGAAUUGGCAGAUAGAGGGAUUGAUCCUGAGAUUAAAGAGUCCGUCACAAAGGCAGUGAAGAAGAGUCUCGUCGAUUUAACAGAAGGAUCAGAAGUGGAGUUACGGGAGGUUGAGGGUGUCAAGUCCGGACAGAACUACCUAAUAGAGCUCCAGCUCGCUGUGCCUAAAGCAUGGACAGUUGAGGAUGUCAGAGAAGUUGAAGACAGUGUCAGAGAAAUGGUUGGCUCCAAGGUUCGAGGUGUUCGACGAGUUAAAAUACGUUUCGUACCAAAGGAUGAAAAUAAACCUUCCCUUUUCGACGAGUUCAUCCCUGGAAAUGUGAGUCCGCGAGAAAGUCCCGAACCUGAAUUUAACGAUCACGAUCACGACCACGAUCACCACAAUGGACACGCCCAUAGCCAUGACAGCAAGAAAACCUUAUAAAAGAUAUGUUCAUAAAGCAUCAUGUGGAACUUACAUGGAAUUAGGAUAGGCGUUAAGGAUAGGUGGUAAGACUAGCUAAUAAAGUCUUUGUAGAGAAGGAUUUUGGCGUUGGAGGUGACAUUCCUACGAGCUUGUACUUUAUGCAGUGUAUCAAAAUCUACAUAGAACCAUAUUGUUGGAAAUUGCUUGU